AGUGUAUGCACUUUUGAAGCUGCCCAUAUAAACUAUACAUACCAAAGUGCGCUCUCAAACGAGUGAAGCGAGUUUGAAUCACGAUGCACAAAACCAUUAGAGAUCAUUUAAAUGAUAGUUUGGAGGAUUUAGGGGAGAAAGAUUUUAAAAAGUUCAAGACUAAACUGUGUGAUCGCAAGGAGGAACCUCGGAUUCGUAAAGGCGCCAUCGAAGGCGCGGAUAAUUUGGACCUUACGGAAAAACUCAUUAGCACCUACACGGAACAAGGAGCGGUGAAAAUUGCAAUCGAAAUUUUAGAAUCGAUUGGUUGCACACAAGAGGCGUCGGGUUUGAAGCAAAACGCCGGCUUUCAUGAGCAGGGCGCCGGUGGAGCCGCCGGUGGAGCGGCCGGUGGAGCGGCGGCAGCGGCGACAGGCCUGCAUAUGGUAGACGGGCAGCACUUCAUCGACCGGCACCGCGCGGCGCUCAUCGAGCGGGUCAGCCAGGUGGAGUGCAUCCUGGACCGGCUGCUCCAGAUGGGGGUCAUCACCCAGAUGAGCUACAGCGACGUCGUCGCAGAAACCAGCUCCAUGCGGAUGAUGCGCAGGCUCCUGACGGGCCCCAUGACCGCCAGCGGAAACCGCGGGAAAGACGUGCUGUGCGGCAUCCUGCAGGAGCUGGAGCCCUACCUGAUGGACGACCUGCGCAGCCAGUAAGAGCAGCAGGAUCCCAACAGACGCCACGGGACGGUUCCGCCUUCCGGAGUCAGGCUCUCCUCCACCAAUCACAGCUCCUCUCUCUGAAUUACCCUACAUACCCAAGAUUUUCAUGCACAGAUGUUGAUGAUGUCUUUUUCCAUUGAAAUGAACUUUUACUUUUAACUUUUACUUGCUGUUUUUAUAAUUCAGGACCAACUGUACACUCCUUUUAGAUGAGUUCAGUAGAAAUGUUGGAAAGGGGAAUAUCUGAGGUAUAUACAUUUUAACUGUAAAAUUCAUUUAAAUUUCAGUGUCUUCACAUUUUCAGUGGCUUCCAUUUUCUGAAAUACUCUUUAAAUAAACUAAAUUCCUGUGGAGCCUAAGGUGUUUCACAGUUACUGUUGUGUCUUUCACUGUAACCAAGAAUCGUCAUUCA